AAUGUGGGCAUUUUUGCGCCCCUGAAACCCAGGGUGCGAGGGCGGUGGUUUGUUUUGCCUUCCGUUUUCACUGACGGAGGGCCACUCUACCCUAACUGCCAUUUCGAAUAGGACACGGCACCAUGGAUGCCGACAAAAUUGUAGAAUGGCUGGUGGAUAGCCAGCGCCAGCUCCAGAGACAACAAACGGAGGCGUUGCGACAACUAACCUCCGAGUUUAGAGAGCAGCAGAAGCAGCUGGUGAGGGAGCUGAAGGAUGGGACAGGGCUGAUCGGACCCACCAAUGAAGAAGAGGAGGAGGCGGCGGGCCCAGCGCGACUCCCCAUCAGGCUCACCAAACUGGGGGCCGAGGACGACGCCGAGGCAUUCUUGGUAACUUUCGAACGUGUGGCCACGGCAGCCCGUUGGCCCCAAGAGCACUGGGCUACUAUACUCGCCCCUUACCUGUCCGGUCCGGCCCAACUCGCCUACCGGAGUUUGUCCGACCGGGACUCGCUGUGCUACUACAAGGUCAAGGAGGCGAUUCUCGACCAACUUGGUAUUUCGCCCGAGACAUAUAGGCAGAGGUUCCGGGCGGCCAGAUAUGCAACGGGGGAGCGGCCGCGGGCAGUCGCGCAGCGGAUCCGGGAAGCCGGGUUUCGGUGGCUGGAACCGUCCACCAAGACCGCAACUCAGGUGGCCGACCUGGUCGUACUCGAGCAGUACCUACAAGUGCUCCCCGCGGAGGGCCAACAAUGGGUACGGCGACACCUGCCCGGGACCCUAGAGGAAGCGGUCACGCUCAUGGAACACUUCCUGGCAGCCGAGACGCCGGAAGGACAUGGCAAGUGCGGCCAGGAGGGCCACAUCCGCCGGGACUGCCCCAUGAUGGACUGCACCUACGGCCAACCUAGACCCCGGAAAGGCCCGCGGCAGGAGGUAAGCCGGGCCCGCAUGAUAAGGCGGAUACGCUUGAACGGGGAGGUAGUAGAGGCCGUUCUAGACUCAGGGUGCGGACAGACGCUAGUGCGGAGAGACGCGUUAGGAAGAUUAGGGCACACGGGGGCACAAGUAUGGAUCAAGUGCGUACACGGGGACACCCGACCGUACCCGACGACCCGGGUGAGGCUACACGAUGGGAUUCGUCACCAUGCCGUUCGGGUUACACGGUGCAGCAGCCACAUUCCAGAGGCUGAUGGACGAGAUCUUAGAGGACCACCGCGACUACGCCACAGCAUACAUAGGACGUGGGAGGAGCAUCUACAGCAGCUGGGAGCCGUACUGCGAACGCUCCAACGGGCCGGGCUCUCAGCUAAUCCCAAGAAGUGCCAGUUCGGGAAGAGGGAGGUAUCCUACCUCGGGUAUACGGUGGGGAGGGGCCGGCUAAAACCACUACUAGACAAGGUAUGCGCCAUUAGGGAUUACCCCCGGCCCCACACCAAACGACAAGUACGCCAGUUCCUGGGCCUUGCGGGGUACUAUAGACGGUUUAUAAAGCAUUUUGCCUCCCUGGCGGCCCCUUUAACAGACUUGACAAAGAAAGAGAAACCCCAGAGGGUGGUGUGGACGCCCCAAGGGGUGAGGGCGUUUGAGGCACUACGGCAGUGCCUGGUGUCGGGCCCAGUGCUACGGUCCCCCGAUUUCGAGAAGCCGUUUCUCUUGCAGACUGACGCCUCCGAGGUAGGGCUCGGGGCAGUCCUCGCACAGGAGGAGGAGGGCGCAGAGUACCCCGUAGCCUACCUAAGCCGGAAGUUAUUCCCUAGGGAAAGGAACUAUGCCGUAAUAGAGAAGGAAGCGUUGGCCAUCAAAUGGGCCAUAGACUCUUUACGCUACUUUCUUACAGGCAAUACCUUCACGCUGGUGACGGACCACGCACCGCUGAAAUGGAUGCAGUCCAUGAAGGAUAACAACGCGCGGAUAAUGCGGUGGUACCUGAGCUUGCAACCUUUUCGUUUUGACAUUAAACACAGACCUGGGUAUAUUCGAUUGCCAGAUCUGGAGCCAAGAAAGAACUGUCUCCCCAGGUCAGAUUGA